GCCAUGGCGCAGAACACACAGCAAGGGACGGGAAAAGCCGUCCCGGACUUCAGGCCGAUGCAACCAGCACCGGCGCGGAAUCAUCUAGACCCGUACGUCCGCCUCGCGGUGCCGGGGCAGAUGACCAAACCCAUCAGGCCGCCGACGGAAAACACUACUUUGCGCAAGGGGCGGACGAACCGCAUCCUGCUGUAUCACGGGUGCUUCAACCCGCCGCACCACGGACACAUGGGGCACCUGCGCCACGCGCUGCGGUACUGCGGGCAGGAGAUAAACGUCAUCGGGGCAUUCAUCAUCGUUCUCCCGAACGGAAUGCUCGACCUGAAGCUCGGGGUGAAUAGCAAGGAGAUUAAGUUAGAUAUCAAGAAGAGAGUAGCGUUAUGGGAUGAGGAGCUGAGAGCCCAAGCUCAAGCUCAAGCGGGAAACAGAGACGAAGGUUGGGUUGAGCGGUGCUGGGUGAUGAUGCGAAGCGAGUGGUCCCAGGCAGAGCCGCAGCUAGAGCAGGAUUUCGCGCGCGACGGGUUCGACGUCGAGUUCGUGACGCUUGCUGGCGGGGACAAGUUCAGUGAGUAUUCCACUCACGUGGGUUGGGGGUAUCCGAUGACGAUGACGACGAAUAUCAGCCGUCCCGUGUUUUUCUACAAGAGCACCUCAAACUCACCGUUGCCAAAGACUCUGCGAGACCACACCCCGUGGGAGCUCAUGCCGUCGAACCCUCACUCUCCCCGUCGGGUAGUAUUUACAUGUAGGUACAUCGGUUUGUACAAAACCUACACCUUGCGCUUCGUCAGCGCCCUGUUUUCCGAGCAGCUUGACCCGACCCUCAGCUCGACAAAAGUGCGCUCCAUCAUCAAUACGACGCAGGUUCUCACGCGCAACAGCAGUGACCAAGAAAAGGUAACUCGCCUCGCAACUCGUCUCGGGGGCGUAGUGUUAAGCCCGAACUUACUAGCGCAGUAUAUCGUAGAAGAAUGGAAGAAGAGGGGAAAUGAUGCGCCGCAAUUCCUAGAACUGAGAGCUAUUGCGAGCCGCUACAAGUACUAG